AGCCGUAAAUAAAACGUUAGAAGUAUGUAAGUGUGAAUCGAUAGUUUCGAGAAGCUUAAAUACCUGAUGUUUACCAGGUCAAGGAUAUAUUUCAACCAAAAAUUUUAGUGAUAAGAAAAAUAAACAUUGAUCAGUGAUCACUUCGAGCAUGACUUGACGAAUCGAGUGAUAGUGAUACGAAUACUUGUUAAUGAAUAAGCAUUUGGGAUCAAAUGUGAUACGUCAGUGUAACGUUACUCGCAGAAAUUAUGCUCUAAUAAAUUUCUCGAGUUCGAUAGGCAAUUGCAAAACUAGUAAAAACUUAUCUCAAGUUGCAUGAUUGUCUCAAAGUUGUUAUCAGAAAACCUAAUUCGGAAUCGCUACCUUUGAUGCCACAAACAGUGACCCUUUAUCUCAAGAAGGCACACAAACAGUAAAAAUAAAUCAUUGGCUCGGGUCCAACCGUAGUCGUUUGUUAGCAGUCGCGCAAUAUGUCUCUGCACGCGUUAAUAGUGUUAUCAAAUUUAUUCCUCUUGGUCCAUUCUUACAAAAUCCUGGCGUUGUUUCCCCAUCCCGGGAAAAGUCACGUAGACGUCUUUCUUCCUUUAACGAAAGCUCUAGCAAGAAAAGGUCACGAAGUUACCGUGAUCAGUCACUUCCCGUUGAAAACACCACAAAUCAACUACACGGACGUGAGUCUCGGCAACGAAACCACCCCUUUAAUUAACAUAUUGGAUAUGGACAAUAAAGCGCGGACGAGAUGGGAGAAGUGGGGCAUUAUACACCUACUGCAGGAAUUCGCAGCGUAUUCCUGCAAAAUUGGAUUCGAAUCGUCGCAAUUGCGAGAGUUUCUCAGACAUGAGCGCACUUUCGACGUGAUCAUUGUCGAAUUUUUCAAUAGUGAUUGUUUCGCUGGGCUUGUGCAGAAAUUCAAAGCGCCGGUGGUCGGGAUUAGCUCCUGCACCAUCAUGCACUGGACUAAUGAGAGGUUCGGGAAUCCCACACAUCCGGCCUACAUUCCGAAUAAUCUCAUGGAGUUUAGCGACCGAAUGACGUUUUUUCAGCGAAUUGAAAACUUGUUAAGCGGACUGUUUCAUCAUUUUUUUUACAACAAAAUCAUAAUGAACACGGAUGAAACGCUGAUUCGGAAAUAUCUCGGAUAUGAAACACCAACGCUCAAACAAAUUGUUUUUAAUGCCAGUUUAUUGCUGGUAAACACACAUUUCAGUUUAAAUCUGCCGAGACCCCUAGUUCCUGCUGUGAUCGAAGUCGGGGGGAUUCACAUUGAUAAGCCGAAAAAAAUACCAGAAAACCUCGAGAAAUGGAUAAACGAAUCCGCCCACGGAGUUAUUUACUUCAGUCUGGGCUCGAUGAUCAAAGGGCACACGUUUCCCGAUGAGAAAAGAAGCGAAUUUUUGAAAGCUUUCGGACGUUUGCCGCAGCGAGUCCUUUGGAAAUGGGAGAACGAAACGAUGUCGGGAAAACCAGACAACGUAAUGAUCCAGAAGUGGAUGCCUCAACUUGACAUUCUCUGCCAUCCGAACGUGAAAGCUUUCAUAUCUCACGGAGGGCUCCUGGGGACGACCGAAGCUGUCCACUGCGGCGUUCCGGUGGUGGUGAUGCCGCAGUAUGGCGAUCAGUUCACCAAUGCCCGAGCGCUGGAAGCGAACGGCGGUGGAGUGAUUCUGCAUCUGUCCGAAGCUACGGAAGAGAGAAUCUACGACGCGCUCAAAACGAUCCUCGAUCCGCGGUUUCAGAAACAAGCGAAGGAGCUUUCAGCGCGUUUCAGGGACCGGCCACUGCCGCCCCUCGAAACCGCCAUUUAUUGGGUCGAAUAUGUCGCACGUCACCGAGGAGCGCACCAUAUGCGGACUGCAGCUGUGGACAUGCCUCUCUACAAAUAUCUCCUCCUCGAUGUGAUCGCUUUCCUCGUCUUGGUCGCCGGCUUGCUGUUCGCCCUGUUCUUCUACGCCACUAGAGCCAUUCUCAGGAAAUUAUUCACGAAAAGAGACAAACAAAAAACCAAUUAAUCGAAAUGUUGUUGUGUAUGUGAAGGCUGUGCCCAUCUGUUAGUCUGAUGUAGGGAAAUAAAAACGUCCAAUUUAUAAAA